UUUAUAAAAACAAAAAUGCGGGUGCAGUCGUUGAUAGUUGUUUCACUAUUGUGCCUAUCGGAUUGUAGUGCAUAUCGCUUUCUUGGAAUAUUUCCGAUUCCGAGCAAAAGCCAUUUCAUCGUGCUAGAAAGUUUGGCGAAGGGUUUGGCCGAUAAAGGGCAUCAGGUCGACGUAAUCAGUCACUUUCCACAGAAAAAACCUUAUCCAAACUAUACCGAUAUCGCAAAAUUGGCAACGACUGUGACUUAUGAUAACAAUAUGACAUAUGAAUUUAUACUACAAAUACCAAACAGGAAUCUGGUGAGUGCCCUCGUGAAUUUCCUUGGUAAUGAUGUUUGUGACGCUUAUCUGGGGAAUCCGAUAAUACAAAAACUGGUGCGGGAACCGCAAAAGGAUCCACCGUACGACGCAAUGAUCAUGGAGAUCUGUACUGCACAUUGCUUCGCGGCCAUCGCUGAUUUAUUACAUAUACCCCUGAUCGGAGUCAGCACGUCGUCGAUGUAUCCAUGGCAUAAUGAAUUAAUCGCUCAACCAGAGAACCUAGCCUUCGUAUCAAACGACAUUGCAAGACAGGAAUUUCCCAAGACUGUGUGGCAACGUACCUACAACACUCUCCACACUCUCUACUGCAAGUUAUACUUCAAGUAUCUCACGAGACCGCAAGACGAGUUAGUAAGGAAGCACUUUGGACCGAAUCGUCCAAGUAUACAAAAAAUGAACCUGGCAUUGAUUUUUAUCAAUACUCACAUCGCUCUGCAUGGAAUCCAGCCGAUGACACCUGCUAUCGUCCAAGUAGGCGGAAUGCAUAUCCGAGAGGACGAUUCGCCGUUGCCGCAGGAAUUGAAGAACUGGAUGGACGAUAGUAAGGACGGUUUUGUAUACUUCACCUUCGGCUCGAUGGUGCUGAUUGAAACGUUUCCACGCACAAUCCUCGAUGUGUUUUAUGUCUCCUUGGGCAAGAUAGCACCUGUACGUGUUUUAAUAAAGGUACCGAAUCCAGAAAAAUUGCCGGCUGGCUUACCCGAAAAUAUUCGCACGUUCCGUUGGAUGCCGCAAGUUAAAGUAUUAAAGCAUCCAAACAUAAGAGCCUUCGUCACUCACGGCGGACUCAUGAGCACUAUGGAAGCGAUCUUCUGCGGUGUUCCCAUGAUCGGCAUGCCACUUUACGCCGAUCAGUUUAAGAACGUUGAAGCAUGUGUCACGAGAAACGUCGCUGUGAAACUGGACGUUCAUAAGAUAACUGAGAAAGACAUGGAUGCAGCCUUGAACGCAAUCUUGCACGAUCCACGAUACAUGUAAAAGAUAGAAAACUUAUUAUUUUACAUAUUAGCAUAUAUAUAACGGUUUGCGCACCACAAUUUGUUUGCGCACUUUUCAUUGUGCGCUUAUUACAUUGUAUGUAUGCAACAUAUGCAACAUGGUAUGAUAUGCUAUUCAUCAAUCUUUAUCUACGUAAACAGUACUCUUUGUACAUUUAGCAUACUCAUGGCGUAUUUUCGUUGCUUCGUCUUUAACUCGAUAUGUUAAUCGCUGUUGAUAACGU